AAACAUCAGGUUGACCAGCUCUCUUUGAAAGUUCGUCAAUCAACCUCGUACCCACCCCCAGCGACGCUCUCCAGCACCCCGCUUGUUUACAUCCUCUCCUACCUGUCGCUACAACACCACAGGCCCGACCAUCAAGAUGGCUGAGCAGCAGACCCCCACCUUCAAGCUCGUGCUUGUCGGCGAUGGUGGUACCGGAAAGACCACCUUCGUCAAGCGCCACUUGACUGGUGAAUUCGAGAAGAAGUACAUGGCCACCCUCGGUGUCGAGGUUCACCCUCUGGGCUUCACCACCAACUUCGGCCAGAUCCAGUUCGACGUUUGGGAUACCGCCGGUCAGGAGAAGUUCGGUGGUCUCCGUGACGGUUACUACAUCAACGGCCAGUGCGGUAUCAUCAUGUUCGAUGUCACCUCCCGCAUUACCUACAAGAACGUCCCCAACUGGCACCGCGAUCUCGUCCGUGUCUGUGAGAACAUCCCCAUCGUUCUCUGCGGUAACAAGGUCGAUGUGAAGGAGCGAAAGGUCAAGGCCAAGACCAUCACCUUCCACCGAAAGAAGAACCUCCAGUACUACGACAUUUCCGCCAAGUCCAACUACAACUUCGAGAAGCCCUUCCUCUGGCUCGCUCGCAAGCUUGUCGGCAACCCUCAGCUUGAGUUCGUUGCUGCUCCCGCCCUUGCUCCCCCCACUGCUCAGGUCGACGAGAAGCUCCUGGAGGAGUACCGCAAGGAGAUGGACGAGGCCGCCGCCAUGCCUCUGCCUGGCGAGCUUUCCGACGAUGAUCUGUAAAUGACUCGUGCGGUCACGGGAUACUUUGUUGAGGAGGAUGCUGCCGGGUGCCAAAGGAACGGCACGCGGGCAGUGUUUGAGGAUGGCACAUUGGCAGCCGGAAUGACCAUUUAUGAGGAACGGGGCGAAAGUCCUGGAGUUUACAGCAGCGUGAUUAUGGGGCGGCACAAAAGAUUGGCCGCUAUGCCUCUCUUUGAUGAGGCAGAAGGGACAGUGCCACUGCAGAGAGCAGUGUCCUAUUUAGUUUAGCUAGACUUCCUUCAAAACAGCACCCAGGGCCAAGUUUGCGUGGCUUGGCUAAGACAAAGACCAUUGAGCAUUU